GCCAUGGCGGACGUCCUGAGCGUGCUGCGCCAGUACAACACGCAGAAGAAGGAGAUCGUGGUGAAAGGGGACGAAGUGAUCUUCGGCGAGUUCUCCUGGCCCAAGAAUGUCAAGACCAACUAUGUCAUCUGGGGGACCGGAAAAGAAGGCCAGCCAAGAGAGUACUACACUUUGGAUUCGAUCUUGUUUCUCUUGAAUAAUGUGCAUCUUUCACAUCCUGUUUAUGUCCGCCGUGCUGCAACAGAAAACAUUCCUGUAGUAAGAAGACCUGACAGAAAAGACCUUCUUGCAUACCUAAAUGGGGAAAACUCAACAUCAUCAAGUAUUGACAGAAGUGCACCACUUGAAAUAGGCCUUCAGCGAUCUACUCAAGUUAAAAGAGCAGCUGAUGAAAUAUUAGCAGAAGCAAAGAAACCUAGAAUAGAGGAUGAAGAGUGUGUGCGGCUUGACAAAGAGCGGCUUGCAGCCCGUUUGGAAGGGCACAAGGAAGGCAUUGUGCAGACAGAACAAAUCAGAUCCUUAUCUGAAGCUAUGUCUGUGGAAAAGAUUGCUGCAAUCAAAGCCAAAAUCAUGGCCAAGAAAAGGUCUACGAUUAAGACUGAUUUGGAUGAUGACAUAACUGCUCUUAAACAGCGAAGUUUUGUUGAUGCAGAGGUUGAUGUAACAAGAGAUAUUGUCAGCAGAGAAAGGGUGUGGAGAACAAGAACUACCAUCUUGCAAAGUACCGGCAAAAACUUUGCCAAGAACAUAUUUGCAAUCCUUCAGUCAGUCAAAGCUAGAGAAGAGGGCCGUGCACCUGAACAAAGACCAGCACCGAAUACAGCACCUGUGGAUCCCACUUUAAGGAACAAACAACCUAUUCCAGCUGCAUACAACAGAUACGAUCAAGAAAGGUUUAAAGGGAAAGAAGAAACGGAAGGUUUCAAGAUUGACACAAUGGGCACCUAUCACGGAAUGACUUUGAAGUCUGUGACGGAGGGAGCUUCGGCACGGAAGACUCAAACUCCAGCAGCACAACCUGUACCAAGGCCAGUCUCACAAGCAAGACCACCUCCAAACCAGAAAAAGGGAUCUCGAACACCCAUAAUCAUUAUUCCAGCAGCUACCACCUCUUUAAUAACUAUGCUUAAUGCAAAAGAUCUUCUGCAGGAUCUGAAGUUUGUGCCAUCUGAUGAGAAGAAAAAGCAAGGCUGUCAGCGAGAAAAUGAGACCUUAAUACAGAGAAGGAAAGACCAAAUGCAGCCUGGUGGAACUACAGUCAGUGUUACAGUACCGUAUCGUGUGGUUGAUCAGCCUCUAAAGCUUUUGCCUCAAGAUUGGGAUCGUGUUGUAGCUGUGUUUGUUCAGGGUCCUGCUUGGCAAUUCAAGGGCUGGCCAUGGUUGCUUCCUGAUGGAUCACCUGUUGAUAUUUUUGCAAAAAUUAAAGCUUUCCAUCUUAAAUACGAUGAAGUUCGCCUAGAUCCAAAUGUCCAGAAAUGGGAUGUAACACUGUUAGAGCUCAGUUAUCACAAACGGCACUUGGACAGACCAGUAUUCCUGCGUUUCUGGGAAACAUUGGACAGGUACAUGGUGAAGCACAAAUCUCAUUUGAGAUUCUGAAUUCUUGAGUGCCAUUUUGUUUUCGCAAACUUUGGACGGAGGACUUUGAAAACUAUUUUGGUCUAAGAGGAAGAGUCUCCCAAUUCAUGUGUGUCAGGAACAUUAUACAGAUAAAGAAGGGAGUCAUGAUUCAAUCUUGUUGGAUCACCAUCUUGCAAUGACUGACCGAAAAGCCGUUGUUGUUACAAGCAAAGGAUUUUGCUUAGAACUAUUUUUAAUAACAUAAGCCUUCUAGCCUGCAAUUCAAAUUGUAUAUUUUGAUAGCAGCCAUUUCUUCCCUGUUUUGUUAAAUUAGAAACAUUUUUACAAUAACAUUUUUGUUCUUCAAUAGAAUCUAGGCUGGUUUCAUGGAAGGUCAUGAAUGUGUGUGUGUAUGUAUAUAGAGAUAGAUGUUCUAUGCCACAUCUCUUCUGAGCAUAGUUCUUGGUUCUUUGCUUUAUUGUUUCACUUGUGGGGGGACACCUUUAUUUUGGUUUCUGUUAUCUUCCAGUCUGAAGAACUCUAAGAACUAAGCAAAGUGAAGACUACUUUAGAUGAAUCAAAUUGUUAGGCUGUAUAUGUACUGUAUAUUCUUUCAGUCUUUUGAAAAGGGAUGAGGGGGGGUGAUCCAAAAUUGCUUCUUCUUUUAGGAUGAUAGUUUAUCAACACUGUUAAAAAGAGCCAUUAUGAAUAGGUUUGAAGUAUAACAUGCUCUGUGCUAAUGGUUUAAUUUAAAAUUGUGUGUGCAUAUGACCCCACAUUGAAGAUUGUAUAGAACUCUCUAUACAGAAGAAUAUCAUCUGAAUUUUCAAAGUCAGAAUUGACGGAAUGCAAUUGUACAAUUGCUUCUUCUAAUCCCAAUAGGUAUAGAUCUUUCUUUCUUUUUUGAGUUUGUGAUUGUGUUCUUAUAUUAUCUUGGCAGUUAAGAGGACCAGAGGUAAUAUGGGAAGAGAGGUGCAUUUUCUUCCUUGACCCUCAAACCAAGUCAACAUUAGUCCAGAUUUCUGUGUUUAAUCUUAAUAGAGGGAGGACAUGCAACAUGGGAACUCUUUCUUUGGAUGCUACAGAAAGGAUUAGUAUCCAACACUACCAAGGUAACGUAAGAACUCAAUCCCAGGUGUACAGGAAACCCAAACUCACUCAAAUUCCAGUUAUGACUGGUUAGGUCUGUUUUUUGGCAUUCCCAUCGGAUAGGAAGUUUUUGGCACCAAAGAACAUAUUUACUUGACAGGGAAUGAGCAUAAGAGAGACAGGAAAAUGCUGGUGUUUCUGUGAGUUUGUCUUUUUAUACUGUUGCAGCUAUAUGCUGUGUAUCAUUGUGUAAACAAAAUGACUUUAAAAUGUUCACUUUGUUAAUUGAUUUUUUUGAGAUAAAGAAAGUGCUUAUUUCUGUUUCAAAUCCAGAACCAUGUUUUUAUGCUGAGCAUCUGAGCUCUUACAGAAGUAAAAUAUUCCACAUAGUCUUCCUUAGUUCUGCUUUUAUUUCUUAUCUACCCGAUUCUUUGUGUAACAUUGGCUAAUGAAAUAUGAAGGCUUUUCUUACUCUCUCCCUCUUACGAUGCUAUUGAGGUUUAAAUAAUUUUCAGGAUACUUCAGAUUCUUUUCAUAUUCAUUUCUAAUAUAUAUGGCGACUGUGAUUUCUAUUUUGUUGUAGCUAGUGCAAGAAUCAAUUUUUCAGCCUUUGAGUGCUUUUCUUUUUUAACGUGAUGUUAAAAAUUCACAAUGGUAGUAUUUUUUGAAAGAAUAUUACAGUACGCCUAGAUAAAUGAAUUAAAUCAGGAAUGGAAUGUGUUUUUAAAAUAAAAGGGGUUUCAGAUAUCUCUCUUCACA